ACACGACUCGCCUUGUUGUGUGUAUUCCCGUGCUCGCAUCGCCAUCUUGUUGCAAUCCUAUUUUUUUUUACUUACGCGAGGAACUACUUUCCGUUCGGCCGGAUUAAGAAUCCGCUUUCAGGAGAAACACAGGGGACGGAAAGCUCGGGCGUGCGGGUGUGAACCGUGCACACGGAGCUUCCUACCGGGACACUACUACCUACCCCCUCGGUCUUUUUCGUCAUUCCGUCCCGGGCCACCGGGUCGCCUGCCGUGAGGGUUUUACGCGCAAUGAGCAUCGAUACACUUUUGGAGGCGGCCAGAUAUCUGGAAUGGCAAGCCCAGCAACAACAGACCACACGUGAGGAAGAGCAGCGCAAAGAGAAGGAGCUCAUCAACAGGGAGGCGGAGUCGAGACUUGCAGAACUUGUGACCUCGUCGUCACAGCCAGUCAGAACCAACCACAUCACGUGGGCCGAUGACCGCCAACAGCCACAUCGCCCUCCUGCCCCUCCUCCCCCAUCUCUCCCGCCUCCUCAAGUCCCAAUUGCUGUCAUCCCAAUGGUCCCAGUCGUCACUGCGACACCCUCGGUCCCGCCCCUUCCGCUCACAACGCCAAUUGCAGCAGCAGCAAUGUCGCUCAACAGCUCCCCUCCAGCCAAGAGCGCUUCAUCCCCUCCACAGCAGCAGCAGCAGCCAACCUCUCCUCACCUGUUGUGUGCCCCCCAGAUGAAGGCAGAGACUAUUCCACAGCUGGUUGGUGUAAAGCCCAGCCAAUCACAGCCUCAGGUGCAUAUUCAGUACCCAGCUUCCAUCAGCACUAAUGGCACUGGCUCUCACCAUGCACUGAUUCCCCAUCAAGCUCCACCCAUAUCUCAGCUGCGGCCUAAUGGAGUGUCGUUGGAGGACAUGAGAGCGAUGGAUGGGAAGCGGCGACCAGGAGGAGCGGGGACCAGAGAGGUGCAUAAUAAACUGGAGAAGAACAGGCGAGCGCACCUCAAAGAGUGUUUUGAGACGCUGAAGAAGAACGUUCCAAAUGUUGAUGAGAAGAAAACCUCCAACCUCAGCGUUCUCCGCAGCGCUUUGCGUUACAUACAGACUCUGAAGCGGAAGGAGAAGGAGUAUGAGCAUGAGAUGGAGCGUUUGGCCAGAGAGAAGAUCGCAACGCAGCAGCGGCUGGCUGACCUGAAGAACGAGCUCAGCCAGUGCAUGGAUGUCAUUGAAAUCGACAGAGUCCUCCGACAGACCAUCCAGCCAGAGGACGACCAGGCUUCCACGUCCACGGCCUCAGAAGGAGAAGAAAACUUUGAGCAAGACAUUGACGAGGAUGCCCCAGCUCCCAUUCCUGCACCCACGGCCCUCCCAAAACCAGCACCACCCAUCUUACAAGCCCAGCAGCUCCUCACCCCUCACCUGUCAAUCCAGCACACCACCUUGCCUCUGUCGGGAGUCCUGACCACGCAUUCCCCCUCUGCUCCCCCUCCCCCCCAAGCCAUCGUUCCGGGGCCGGCCCCUCCGCCGCCAGUUCAUCCCAUUCAGCCCACGGCGGUGCAGGUCCAGCCCACCGUCAUCGCUCACGCCGCCGUCUCCCACCCUUCAGUCAUCCAGGCUGUCAAUCACGCCCUGCCAGCCAAUCACAAGCACCUAACGCACAUUGCCCCGUCACCUGGCCCCACUCCUCAGCCAAUCGUCGCAGCUCCAGCUGCCACCGCCACUCACCAGCCGAUAGCUGCCCAGCCCAUCGGACACAUCACCGUCCACCCAGUGGCUCACCUGGGAGGUCCCCUGACAUCCCACCUCCCGACCCUCUACCCUCAGGGCGUGUCUGUCUCCCAGCCCACCAUGGUGGGCCACAUCACUCACACCUUCACACAUCACACCCUGCCGCACGUCCAGUCUAAUCCUCAAGCUAACACUAAUGGGACCCAGGUGAACAGCGCAGCCAUGAUGAGCCAGGGGAGCCCGUCACUUGCGAAACCCACAGCAGUGCUUGCCCCCCACCCGCAGCUGGUUGGACAGGCUGCCGUCCUCAACCCUGUCACCAUGGUUUCAGUCCCAACCUUCCCUGUCAGCACACUCAAACUGGCCUGAAACAUUUUUAAAAAAAGAUGGGAUGGACAGAUGGAUGGAGAAGAUUUUACACUCCUAUCAAUAAUCAACAGUCGAGAAUCUCUGAUAGACGUGUGGAAUUUUACAAAAAAAAAGUUUUUUGGAGAACUUGUGAUAAAUAUCUCCAGAGAUAUUUUGAUCACAGCUCUUAUGUGAACAGUAACAUUAAAGCAGAGUCAGUGGGUUAGGCCAUUGUGAAAAUAAGACUGACAUUUGUCUCCGCUGCAAAACAGGAACUCUGUUUUACCUUCCUUCCUUCCUUCCUUCCUUCUCUCCUUCCUUUACAACCUGAAGCACUAACAUAAUAAGCUCAGUUCACACUCAGGCAUCAAGGACUUACCUUAAUUAUUCAUUCACUCAUUGAGGAGAAACGCGUGAGAAAGAGAGACAGAGUUUGCCGUUGUGAUACAAUUAGUGCCCGUUUCGUAUUCAUAUAAUCAUGAUGUCGUGGGACAUUCUGGUGGAAUAAUGUCACAGAUGUGCUGAGAGCAGGAGGAGGGAGCUCAGUGGCCUCACUUAUCUGAAUGAAUUACACACAGGGCUUUGACCAAGAGUGAAGUAGUCCACGUUACGCAGUCUGCCAAAUAGACCUAAAGCAUUGUCACUUACUGAUGCAGUUCUUCACUUAUUGUCAUCAAGAACUUUUUUCCCCUUCUUCCCUGAUCUAGCUCCAUGAAGUGAUUGUUAAGCCCUCUCUGUCUUCAUCCAAAUGAAGGUUCCUUGGCACCAAACAGAAAGAACAGUGCAAUAAUAAAACCAGAUCCGACCUACAGUUAAAAAACGGCAAAAACAAGGAACAAGACAACAACCUCAUUGUCCUAAUAUCUGAUUUCUCUCCGUUCUGUCUGACUGUUAAGUGUCCAUUCGACAGUGGAUUUAUUAUUCAUCCACUACCCAUUAUGGCUUAAUUGGAGGGUCCCUACAAAUCUCCAGAAAUGGGGGGGGGGGAAAUAAAAAAUAAAGUGGAAGAAUUAGGGCAAUGUUUGCUUGACAUACAGUAGCAUCUGUUUUUACUGUCAUGUCUAGAGACAACAUGACCUUUACCUGCUGGUUAUUGCACAGGCAUUGAAUUUCCUUGUAGGAUCCACCAAACCGCAGAAUAAAAAGUAGAGGAACAAGUUUGAUCUCAGCAGACACCAAACAAACAAAUCCCACUCUGCCAAUUUCUAAUCUUAACAGUUUAAAUUAAAUAGGAAUUCAGGUAGUCAGUUAAAUGUAUAAAGUUGGUGCACUCCAAUUUUGAUGUGAUUUCCUGUCCAGCGGUGAAAAGCUUGGUCCAAAUUAAAUGUCAGCUUCCCUCUAUGAGCUUUUGAAAGAACUGCGGUAAUGUUAAAGGCUUUCGAGUUGAUUUGAUUCUUCUUGAUUUGUGCACACAAUGUACAGAGGUACAAACAAGACCUGACAAGAUGAUUUCACUGUGAGAAAUCAAAUCUACUCCCAAAACCUACAGAUUUGUCAUAUGAGUACAUCGAUUCCUUUCAAGUCUUUGAUACUCGAGGGUGAUUUUUGAGGCAAAGGGCUUUGUAAGUUUUCAGGAACAUAGCCACUGUCGAGCCUGCAGUGUGCGUGUGUUUAUUACAUCGGCUUUUAAUAUACUUUUUCAUCAGCUAAGAUCAUGUUUUCAAACCAAUCAAGGCCUGUUAUAAUAUACUAGGAGAGCGGCAAUGUCACACAUCAUGCUGAACAAGCAUCUAAAUGUAAAGUUGUCUGCUUUUUACAAAUGCCUGAAAUUUGUGUUUAUAUUGACAAGUUGUACAAACGCCUAUAACUGCUCUCAAAACAUUCAGUGACAGGUCAUGGGUGAUGUUCCCCCAACAGUCUUUAGGGAGGGCAAUACAGGUUUUCAUCCUCUUCAUUCUAGUGCAACAGCUCCCUCUGCUGCCUCAUCUCAGACCUCAUGCUGAUGUUACUUAAACACAACACUCGUGACACAACACAAACUUCCUGCCCAGGCUUUUAAAUAAAUCUGGAAAAAACAAUGAGAGACGCGUUCAGUGUAAAAGUUCACUUGUGACCUUGACAAAAAACAACAACAGUUGACUCAAGAAAUAAUCCUGACUGAAGUUUCAUACUGCAUUAUAUUACAUACAGUACUCCAACUCCAACUGUGAGAUGUGGAUGGAAGCUCCAGAGAAGCUAGUAAGUGGACCAUGAGUUGUGUUUUUUUGUCAAAUUAUGGGAGAUGCAUACAUCUUGAAAAGUUUGGAUAUAGCACAAAAAAAAUAUCAGUUUGCAUGUUAUUUUGUGAAGAAUAAUUUGGCAGCGACACAUGGCCUUUUUUUUUUUUUUUGACAGUGAUGUCAUCCAACAAACCACUUCAAAGCUAAAUUGACCAGUCCAGAAAAUCAGUUUCAAAGUAUUUGAAAAUGGAAAAUGUGCUGUGACACCCACUUUUAUUUGUGUGUGAUUUUUGUUUUUGUGUUUAUGUGCACAAAAUCAAAAAGUUCAUGGCUUCACAGGCUUCUUGCCAGCCUAUACAUGUCGCACCAUAAAAUCUCCCAUCUGUGUAUGUCAAAGUUGCGGGCAUCUGCUCCUCGCCUCUUCUGCUGUUUCUGUAUGUUAUGUCCGUAUAUGUGACUGUAUUAAAUAUGUUUUAUAUUCUGUACUAUAGUUAAUCCUACUGUACCUGUAGCAUGGCUGUUUUGGUUGUACAGUUUGCCCUGUGCAUGAUGGAGGUGUGUGUGUGUGUGUGUGUGCGCGCGUGUGUGUAGCAAGCAGGCAAUUUUUUUACACAGAGGUGAUUUAUGGUAUGAGCCUGUUUGGGUGCUAUCGUGUGUGCCUAUACUCAGUUUUCCUGAACACUGUGACAACUCUGGCAAAACACGGACACAUUGAGCGAAUGGAAGAGACAGAUUUUCUGUCCUAAUUGUAUUGUUUUGUUUUGUUUUUUUGCUUUGUUUUUUAAAAUGUUUUCAAGUUUUCCAUUUUGUGAGUUGGGCUGAAACAUGGAGUGGAAAAAGUGAAAAAGCAAAAAAAGAAAAGGUGUUGCUCUUUUCCUGAUAACAUCAUAAUAAUAAUAAUAAUAAUGUCUAAUAUUCAAUUUGAGUUUAUUUGUAUGUAUGUAUGAAAGUUUUGUAACUUUGUGAUUGUAUGCACGUUUUGGCAUAUGAGUGUAUGUAUCUUCAAAAUUUAAAUGCUUGUUUCUUUUUGGUUUUGUUUUGCAUGUAGAUUGCCGUUUUUGUUUAAGGGUUUAUUUUUGGGACCAUGUACAAUACUGUAUAACGUGGGCGGGAUCUUGGACCUCAUGCUACAUUGAUAUUAUAUAUGAAUAUAAAAACACAUUUUCCCUAUGGAGAAAGUUUUAAGUUAUAUAUCGCCUGUACCCCUUGGGCUGCCUUUUAGAUCGAACUGUCCACUGUUCAAGAUAACGAUGAUGAUGGAGAAAACACAUUAAUGAUGAAGAAUUAUGCUGAUGAAAUAAUAAAGAUUCUUAAUAAAUCUUAUUACAUUUACAACACA